UGACACACUUACUUGGCUGCAGAGCCACGGGACAGAAACACGGCGAGGAAGCAAGAGGACAGAGGCAGGCGAGGGAGGUGAGGAUGCGGGUAAGAAAAGCGCGACAGAUGACGAUGAUGAUGGCGAGGACGGGGAUGAAGAUGAGAAUGAUGAUGCUAUCGACGAAGGAAUGGUCGUAGAAGAAGCGGAAGAAGAAGAACGGAAAAUAAAGCUCUGCGCGAUCGGAGGAUAGUAACAGUGGUAAUGGUGAUCGUGAGGCAGUUUGGAUUGUGAGUACGGGACCGCAGAGGCGAGGACGCUCGGAGCACCUGCUCGCUCAGUUUUGAUCAUUGUGCAGGGUAAAACCUCGGGUAUCAUCGAGAGUUUAACGAAGCGCUAUUCUGAGGAGGUGGGCCAAGUCCCGGGAGAGAGAGAGAGAGAGAGAGAGAGAGAGAGAGAGAGAGAGAGAGAGAGAGAGCUCUCCGAGGACCUUUGGACUGAGUGCCGGUGAUCCAGCUGGGAUGUUGUUGUUCUGUUGUCAGUGAUGUGAGGCGACAUUAAGGAGCUGGUGAAAGGAAUCCUGACACAUAUUCCUACAUUUUUGCAGUUACAUGUAUAGCAGCACUGUGUCGUACAGACCAGUAGAAGUUGGCUUCCUGCCUGUUGAGAUGUGCCAUUAGGAAACACUUUGAACAGGGGUUCAUGCUGAUGAAAUUGAUCUGCUCAGUGAGCUCCAACCAGAGCCAUGGGGAGUACCCAGACUGCCGGAGUGAGAGGGAGUCAGGAGGGGAGGCAUCUCUCCUGGUGUCUCCGCUGGUGGUGGCGGGGAUCGUUAUAGGUCUAGUCCUCUUCCUCUCAUGCAUCACCAUCAUCGUCGGCAGCUUGCGCAAAGACAGUCGACUCCGAAACCCUCACCUUCGAGCAAGCUAUGGACAAGACAGUUUUUCUUAUGGAGGUUCAGCAGGUGAACUGAGGUCUAGCUGCUUGGAAGACUUUCCUCCUGGUUUAGACUUUGACUCAUACAGAGAGUCUCAGAUAAACAGUGUGUAUCCUGACUCUCCACCACGCUAUGAUGAGUGUGUUGGUCCAGGUUCGACUCAGAUCUACAUCCCUACAGAUGACCCACCUCCUUACUCAUUGGUGGACCCCUGUCAGGGGGGAGCAGAGCAGGAGGAACGGCCUAGCUACUCCCUUACAGAUCCUUCCCCAUACUGCGGAGAGACCUCAGCCAGUGCUGCCUGGUUUUCUCCCUCCCACUACCCACUGGGACUGCAAGAGCAGGAGCAUCAACAUAUUGCAUCCAUCUCCUUCCCACUGGAGGCAGCACCACCUUAUGAGUCAAUGCUGCCAGAGCAGGGACAACCCCUCCCUCUCAUGCCAUGUGACCUUUAUAAACACCAAUCAGAGAGGGGGGAUGAUGGCAACUCCCAGCAACUCCCUGCGAACCAGAUCUCAUAGGACAGUUAAUUUGUUUCUCUCACCUGUGGGCUUGGUGAAUUAAACAAACACUUGGGAUGUGUGGAAAAUAGCUUUCAUUAGCAGCUGUGACACCAAACGAUGGUCCAAAAGAUGUGCAUUUCUUCCACACGGUUGCAAAGACCUGAAGAGGCUGAAGCUCCACUUGACUGCAGUGCAGUCAAAACUCCAGCUUUCAACCAUUUUACUAUUGUUUGUCUACGGACAAAAUAAAACUCAAGAACUGCAUUAUACUGCAAAGUUCCUGGAAUGGUAACUUCUCUCAAAGGCUCUCCUCUAUGUUGUUUAGUUUAGUUUUGCCAUGUUUUGACUGUUAUCGUCUCCUUCUUGAAGUAGGACUGAUACAAGAGUUGUGUGUCUUGUGUGGAGUUUAGUCUGAAUUGCUUCUAAACAAAUGCAUUUACAUUUAUCCAUCAUGUCAUAGACAACAGGAAAUUGAGUUUGCCUUUACAAGAAAGAGUAUGAACAGUAUAGAUGUGGGUUUUAGUAGUCUAGUUUAAGGUAUACACAAGCACACUGAGUACCAUCCUUGAGUUUAUUUUGCUGUGAUGUCACAUAUCUUCAUAUUUAGAAAUGUUUUGGAAAAAAAACUGUACUUAGCUCUGAUGUUAUAUAGAACAUGUCAACUACCAGCACACCACUGCUGAUUUACAAUCUCUAUAGUGUGUGCAGACAGUAGUGUGGGGUAUGGCAACCUCCAGUGUUAGUUUGUUGGUAGUGGUAGUUUGAUUAGAAGGAGUUUGUGAUGAAAUGGCUGUGUAUAACAGGGGAACUACCUGGACAAGGAAUUAUCAACAUGCCAUUUUUCCAGGUAUAUUUGAAUUACCUUUUAGCACCAUGAUGAUGCUAUAGAAAACAUUGCUAGCAUGUCAUUUGAAUCUGUCAUUACCAGAGAGGAGUUCAACUUGUCCAGCUGUAUAAGUUGUCAUAAUUCUUCCAAUCAAGGGCUCUGGUUUUAAUGUCAAUGCUGUAACUGGAUCCCAGCAGCAAAAUGUAGCUUGGAGCUCUCCUCUUGUCGAGGUUGGGUUGAUGCAACGGAGAAGAAACACAGUAAACUGUAGACUUUAUUACAUUAUUCACUCAUAAGGGAUGCUUCUGCGUUGUUGUUCUUGUUCUGCUCUCAUAAAAUAAUUCACUUGGCUUAAACCGUCACAAAUGUUUUCUGUAUUGCACACAGGUGGAGCAACACAUGGCUUGCAAUAGCCAAUAAACUGAUUACUAAUGAACAAAAUAAACUGAUGUGGAAACUUUGUGGGUCAUUCCAUCUUAACUCAUUAAAUUUCUAGUAACUUCUCUUUUCAGCCACCUUUGUUUUCCACGAAAUGUUCAAAGUUUCGAUAUAUUCUGUAUGAUAAUUGCUGUGAAAUUUUACCUUAAGAUAUUAAAUACCUUUCUAGAUUUUAAAAACAACAACAUUAAUUUACACAUUAGUGUAAUAUUCAGGCACGUAUCCUAAACACAAUGAAAAAUUUAAAACAGCAUGGAAGUUUAGUGAAAAUAGCAUUUUUAGGUCAAAAAGCAUUCUGUGUGUUUCAUUUUACAUUAAAUUUUGAACAUUUAAAUUAUUUUGUCAAUAGUGGUCUUUGACAAUGUGAGAUGGUUUUUUGGGGCAAAAUGUCAUAGCAUGAAAGCAAAAUGUCAUAGCAAUCAUGACAUAUAUGCAAACCAUGAAUAUUUUUAGGAAAAUCAAAGAUGGCUGAGCUGAAGGACAACAAUGAUUUGAGACAGAGUGACCCAGUAAGAGUUUUGUAAUGUGCAAAGCCUUUCGCAUUUGAUUCUAAAAUAUAUUUCCGCUACCAUAUCUCGACAUUUAAACAUGUAACUGUCAGCUGCGAAGUUUCUGCUGGUACUUGUAAAUCAAAGGGUCCCCUUGAAAGGUUAUUACAUCAUUCUGCCGGACAGGCACCAGACUUCUUUUACAGGCAUUAUUUAAAAAUGUUUAAGAUGAUAAACAUGUAUGGCCUGUUCCAAGUGUUAGAAUUGCAAAAUGGUUGAAGACAAGACAAAAGAAAAUGAUCAACGUGUCCUUGAUACAGUAUUUCCUUGUUAUUUUGCUGUAGAUGCAUCAGGGGAAAUUAGUUUAUACAACAGCAGAUAUGUGGUCAAAUGCAUCCCAUUAGCAGGUGGUUUGGGUGAUCUGAUAAUGUCGUGUAUUGGUGGUCAUUUACACUAAUAUGCAUCAGAGCUGACUGUUGCUGAGCAAACUGCUUAAAGUGUAAACAAAGUAAAUCCAGAUACAAAUGUUUUCGAUGUUUCACCAUUUAUGCAUCAUUUCCUAAUCAGAAACAAAUCAAUAGAUACGAAUGUCUUAAUUCUUUGUAAUGUCUUGCAUCAGCUAUAAUGCAUCAGCUGUGCAUAAAUUGACUUGAGCAAAGGGGAAGAAAAGCCAGUCGGAAGUAUUUGUAGUGAACAAUUUUGCCAAUUAAUAAUUAGUCAGCAUUAAAACGGUAAAUAAGUUAAUAACGGAGAGAUAAUGUUGUUAUUGUAAUAUAUAUCUGCAGCCAUUCUGUCAAAUGGACCAUGCAAUCAUUACACACUCCAUUCUGUUAAUGAGAUGUGGGGAAACAUCAGGGCAAUUAGUUUCCAAAGAAAUCUAAAUUGUUCAUCAUUUAUUUUGUGUUUGAGUUUAAAACAUAAUAAGAUGGGAAAUUCUUUAAAGUACAACAGACAUGGUACAGUUACCAUGACAUAGACAUGUUCAGAGGGGGAUUUUUACAAUGUGGGUGUUAUCUCUGAACAGCCAGGUUGGAUAAAAGCAAAACAAAUCACAAACUUACUAACCUUAACCAAAACGGAACAAAAACCCAGACAGCCACUGUUGGUGCACAAAAUAUGAAUAUACCUGCAUUAUGGUCACCAGACAACCUGAUCUAUCACCUCAGGUGUCCGUGUACAUAUGUUAUAUAAUUUACUAUAUGUGUCACAAAUACACAAAAUGUUUGAAUGAAGUGUUCAGAGUUAAAAUUGGGGCUAUCCUGGAGACACUAAGACCUGUAGACAACAUCAUCAUUCACCAGUUAUUGAAGCAGGAAGCCGCUAAAGGCUGAGCUUUAAUAACAUUUUUUUCAAUGUUAGUUUAAUUUGACAAAUUGACAAAUUUUUUAAAAUAUCUUUAUGUGUGACAUAGUGUUUUAGUUAAAGAUGUGCCUAUUAGCCCCCAGACUGUUAGCUUGAACAUUGUAGCCAUAAUUAUCUCAAGGCAACCAAUCUGCUGCUUUGAGCUAAAUCUCUGGUGAUGUACUGAUUUUGUGAUGUAGGUAAAAGCAUGCUAUUAUAACUGAAUCCCUGUUAAAUGCCUUGUGAUGACAGAUUUUACUGAAGGAUACCAUUUUCUUGACUGUUUCAAGCUGUUCUUAAGGGUUCUAGUUAAUCACUGGUUGUCUUUUGGCUCAAAUUAGCACCUGGAAACGAGCCACUCACAACAUUUACUUCAUUGCGUUAGAAUCUCAGUACUGCUUUUAAUAUUUUAAGCAUUCAGUCAAGAGUAAUUUUCUCUUAUGGAUUACCAUAUGUUGUAAUAAAACGUUUUUGUCUGCCAUUUCAAAGUUUCUCCACUAUUCAUGUUUACUUAUUUUCCUCUCUUUCUUUUUUACUGACUUUAUAUAUCUUCUUUAAUGGUGUUAUUCUUAUUCCACAUUUAAGAGAACAUUAAUGGGGAAAAAGUAUAGAGUAAAAUCAUUUGUAAAAAUAAUUUGAAAUAAAAAUAAUGGGUUUUAUGAGAAGAUGUAUAAGCCACAUAACAGACGUGAUAGAAUCACCCAGGCUAUCAAAGAUUCAAACAGGCACAUUUAAACCAAUUAUGUAUUUUGACCAUAUCCUCCUGAGAACCGAGGAAAAAAGCAUCUUCCUGUUGAACUUUUUUGUGAUUUCCUGUCUCUUUGGAACUGAAAGAGACCACCCAAACACAUGAGAUAUCAUCAGAAAGACCAGGAUAUCCCCAAUUAGGCACAUCAGGACUUAGUAGGGUAGCUCAAAUAAGUCAAAAGUUAUAAAGACCAAAAUGACAAAUGUCCAUAAAUGAAUAUGCUGGGUCUCGGAAGAAUAUUUAAAAAUCAGACUUUAUGAUAAAGCAGUUUUACAUUUAUCCACUAGGGGGCACUGCAGAACAAAAUAGCCUGCACAGAAUGGUGAGAUAGAACAUUUACCUAACUACAGCAGUGUUAUUACAUAUUUUACAUUAGAAAACAGCACACCACCAAACAAAAAUGUCACAAAAAGCAUAUUGAUAUUUUUUCCCCGCGCAUUAGGUAUAGCGGAAUUGGCUUGGUUUGUCCCCAGUAUACUUUUUUUGCUUUCUUCUGAUCACUACUCAUGCUAGGGCCUUUAUCUGGGUCAGAAUUUUCUCCAGGACCUAGGUCAGAUUGACUACUUUUCUUUUCAAAUAUUUAUCUAUUGCUAUUACGCGUCUCACAGCAUGACUAUUGCGUAAUUGCUUCUUCGUCUUCUUCUGUUUCACUGGCAGUUGGCAACCCGUUUAAUUAGAGCAGGUAGUACUCUAGUGGAAGAGAAGGUAAUUGUUCUGCCCAUUACUCAUGCCGAUUGCUUAGAGUACUAAUCAGGUGGAACGAUUGGGAAACACUGAACUACAGAAGGUUCUGUAUCAGAGGAGGAAUGUGUCACACCUUUAUAAGAUUAAACAAAAGGUAAAAUGGAAAGAUCAUAAAAUUUGUCUGAUUUAAUGCAGUUAAUAGGAACUGUGUGAAUUCUUUCUUAGUUAAAGUGUCUCAGUCUUUAACUUAAUUGUUCAGCUAGGAUUGCAUUACUUUGCAGGUGCAUUCUCUGUAAGUAAAUGGUAUUUUGAUGGUUUACAUGUGUAACCAAUCAUAAUCUAAAUAAAUUGGUUUUUGAGCAAACACUAGCAAGGCCCACAUUAGAGGCUCUACAAUGUUGAAAUAUUGCAUCAGUGUGACAUUUGCACAUUCAAACUUGUGAUCAGUUUUCUCCAUUUUUUUCUAAACAGAUUUUAAAAAGUUGGCUAAUUAUGGGUUAUUUUAACCUGACAUUGUCCUCAGUGUGGCUGUUGUGAUUCUGUGGAUUUUCUGUUAUUAUUUUUCUGUGUUUCUGGUAGAUGUUUAAGUUCCCUGAGCAUUUCUCUGUCACAUCUUUUUGUGUUAAGUGUUAGUCUUCUUGUUCUUUCAUACAUGUUAAGCGUUAGUACCCAUUGUUAUUUCCUAUUUUACAGUGAAGAUUUGUUUCUGUCAUGCCCUGUGUAGUUUUGCUCUCAUCUGCCUGAUUGUCCUCGCCAGUGUCUGAUUAUUUUCAGCUGUUCGUCCUUACUCUCCUGUUGGACAUUCCCUAAUCAGCCUUUAUACUUUUUCACAGCAUCUACUCAUUUUCCUGUGUUUGUUCCCUGUGCUCAGCAUACUGUUAGCCUCACUCAUUGUGGUUAUUGGAUUAUUGUUUCUUUACUUUCUGGACUCUGCUAUUUUAGACUUUCUCUUAUAAACCAUAUUAA